AUGUUUUGUAGCACCACAGCAGCAAGGACUGGAGGCCCCAAGCUAAAUCCUUUUCUGAAGCAUCUUGGAAUACUGGCAGCCGAUGGCGGAGAGGCAAAUUACUUCAAAUUGCAUGAAAUUGAUUCCAGGUAUGAAACUCUUCCCUUUUCCAUUCGUGUGCUUCUUGAGUCUGCCGUCCGUAACUGUGAUGAGUUUGACAUUACUUCCAAAACGGUGGAGAACAUCCUUGACUGGAGCGAAACCAGUCACAAGAACAUUGAAAUUCCCUUCAAACCAGCUCGUGUUGUGUUACAGGAUUUUACUGGUGUUCCAUGCGUAGUGGACUUGGCCGCCAUGCGUGACGCAACAGAACGGUUAGGUGGCGAUAUAAAUAAAAUUAAUCCCCAAAUUCCUGUGGAACUUGUUGUGGACCACUCGGUUCAGGUGGACAAGGCUGGUGCCGCCGACGCGGUGAAGAUAAACCAAGACAUCGAGAUGCAUCGUAAUCGUGAGCGCUUUGAGUUUCUCAAAUGGGGUUCAAAGGCCUUUGACAACCUCUUGAUUGUUCCUCCCGGAUCUGGUAUUGUUCAUCAGGUUAAUCUCGAGUACCUUGCCCGUGUGGUGUUUAACAACAAGGGUUUGCUCUACCCAGACUCUGUUGUCGGCACAGAUUCGCACACCACGAUGAUUAAUGGCGUUGGUGUCAUUGGGUGGGGUGUUGGCGGCAUCGAGGCAGAAGCCGGCAUGUUGGGUCAAUCGCUCUCUAUGGUGCUGCCGCAGGUUGUAGGGUACCGUUUUACUGGAAAAUUGUCCGAGGGAUGCACAGCGACCGAUCUUGUGCUAACCGUGGUGAAGAACCUUCGCAAGUUGGGUGUGGUUGGUAAAUUUGUGGAGUUCUACGGACCUGGUGUCGACAGUCUUUCCUUGCCUGACCGCGCAACGCUGGCAAACAUGGCCCCGGAGUACGGUGCUACCACUGGAUUCUUCCCAAUUGACGGAGAAACGAUUAGUUAUCUACGAUGCACGAGUCGCAGUGUUGAACACUUGGAUCGCAUUGAGGCGUACGCCAAGGCUGUCAAAAUGUUCCGUACAGGUGAGGAAAAGAUUAAGUAUUCGCAGAACCUUGAACUGGAUCUUUCUACGGUGGAACCGAGCCUCGCUGGUCCUAAGCGCCCACACGAUCAUGUGCCACUAAAGCAUAUGAAGGAGGACUUUAAUGCGUGCCUACAGGCUAAGACGGGGUUUAAAGGAUUUGGUGUUCCCGCAAGCGAGUUGACGAAGAGAAAGAAGUACAACGUGAAGGAGAAGGGUGCAGAGAUGCAUCAUGGGAGCGUCGUGCUCGCAGCCAUCACCUCAUGCACUAAUACAUCCAACCCCAAUGUUCUCAUUGCUGCUGGAUUGGUGGCAAAGAAGGCUCUUGAAAAGGGACUGCAGGUACCUCCAGGAAUCAAAACAUCAUUGUCCCCUGGUUCGCAUGUUGUGACAAGGUAUCUUGAAGCCUCGGGCCUACAGAGCUCGUUGGAUGCCCUGGGUUUUAACACGACUGGGUACGGUUGCAUGACAUGUAUUGGCAACUCUGGGGAAAUUGACGCGGAGAUGUCCAAAUGUAUCACCGACAACAAUUUUGUGGCGGCAGCCGUAUUGUCGGGCAACCGCAACUUUGAGGCCCGCAUCCACCCAUUGACAGCCGCAACCUACCUGGCCUCACCACCUCUUGUUGUGGCUUACGCUUUGGCAGGGCGCGUCGAUAUUGAUUUUGAAAAGGAGCCUAUUGCAAACGGCGUGUUCCUGCGGGAUAUUUGGCCCAAAAACGAAGAGGUGCAAGAUCUCUUGAGUCGCUACGUUACACCGGAGCUGUUUAAGGCGGUCUAUGCGCAUAUUACGACUCUCAAUGACGAAUGGAAUGCGCUUGAGGUGAAGGAAGGUAAACUAUAUGAUUGGAACCCCAAUUCGACAUACAUUCACUGCCCGCCUUACUUCGAAAAUAUGACCAUGGAAAUUACACCAAACACAGUCAUUAAGGACGCGGCAUGCUUGGCGCUCUUUGGUGACUCCAUUACAACGGAUCAUAUUUCUCCUGCGGGCAACAUUGCCAAGGAUUCUCCGGCUGCUAAAUUUCUCCAGAAUAGUGGAGUGGAGAGGAAGGACUUCAACACAUACGGUGCACGUCGCGGUAAUGACCUUGUGAUGUUACGAGGAACAUUUGCAAACACACGACUUGGGAAUCGGAUUAUUGGUGAAGGCCAGACCGGACCUUUUACUAUUCAUUUCCCAACAAACGAGAAAAUGUACAUUGUUGAUGCAGCUAUGAGGUAUCAAGCCGAAAACAUUCCUCUUAUUAUUCUUGCUGGAAAGGAGUACGGUAGUGGUUCAUCGCGGGAUUGGGCAGCCAAGGGUCCUUUUUUGCAGGGUGUCAAGGUUGUCAUCGCAGAGAGUUUUGAGCGUAUCCACCGUUCUAAUCUUGUUGGUAUGGGCAUUGUGCCGCUCCAGUUUAAACAGGGUGAGAAUGUGCAGUCUCUUGGUCUGACAGGUAAAGAAAGAUACUCUUUUGACUUUUCUGCCGGCUUGUGCCCUGGCCAAGAAGUGACUGUGCGUAAGGAUGAUGGCUCCUCGUUCAAUGCCAUACUGCGUAUUGAUACCGAGAUGGAGGUGAAGUAUAUGGAGAGCGGUGGUAUUCUUCAAUACGUUCUCCGCGAAAAAAUUCGUGGUGCUUUGUAA